AUGAAAAAUAUUUUAAUUCUAUGCCUCUCUUUUGUAUUUACGACUGCAACUAUGAAAGAUCCGAAAAUGAUAUUAACAGAAAUUGAUUCUUAAAGAACAGGAAGAAUUUUCUUGAAUGCCAUUUAAGUUGGUUUAGCAACUGGAUCACCUGUGCAUGAAAUUUAGAGUUAUAUUAACAAUAUCAGAUUCAUGAUUGAAUAAGAGUAGAAGGAUGCUGACUUAUUUAUACAAAAUACUGAAGCCUCUUGUAAUAGGUUGCUUCACGAUUUUGCAACAAAUCUAGCAUAUCAUCAAUAAUAGUUUAAGGCACAUUCCAAAAUAAUUGAAGAAAACACAAGAAAUUUAGAGAAAUCCUUGAACAAAAUUGCAGAAGUAUCGGUUGAGAUUGAAGAGAAUUAGAGAAAAACAAACGAAGGACAAAGUGAGAGAGAUUUGCAAUACUCUGAAUUUUAAUCUAAAUAAAAGGAUCACUUGGAAUCAAUAACAGCUAUAGAUGAAGCCUAUUCGUUGGUCGAACAUCUCUCAAGUGGAUCCUCAUUCAUCCAAGUAAAAGGCAGAUUUACGAAGGUUCUUUCUAGAUUAUAAAAUCAGUCAACAUCAGCAGGACUCUUAUUUUAGCCAAUUAUCUCAAUGAUGACAUAAAUGAGUUCUAAGGCAGAUAAUGAGUAAGCAAAAAAGGUUCUUUAACUAUUGGCUAAUUUGAGAGUUCAAAUUGUGGAGAGUAAAUCAUAAGAUGAAGAUAUUGAAAAGCAAUAAGUUCAGAAUUGGCAAAAAUUUUUAUCAGAUUUAAUUAAUGAAAGAAAUACAUUGUAAGAUUAAAGGUAAAACUUAGAAUAAGCUAUCUUAAAUUAUUAAAGCAUUAUAGAAGAAUCUGAAGGGAAAGUUGAGUAUCACUCAGCAGAAGUGGAAAGAAAUUAAAAUAACUUAGAUGGUCAAGAUUAAUGGUGUAGAUAAUAAUAAGAAAUUUAUUCGAUGGAAUCAUAAUAAAGAGUUCAAUCACUUGAUUUAAUUUCAAGAAUUGUUGAUCAUAUUUAGGAUAAAAUUGUAACACUUAAAGAAUAUUUAAGAGAAAGAUUGCAAAUAAGAUGA